UAUCGCUGCGUUCUGGCAGGUAUUUGUCACUGUGUUGAGAAGGUGAACAAAACCGACUGAGAGGAUCCAGUCAGUGCCGGGGAGCCUGACAGAACCUGCAGAGGCAGGCUGGACGUGGACAGGAAGACAAACGGGGAGAUCCACUGCAGAAAUAAUGCUGGGCUGAACUACGCUGGGAACGUUUAUCCUGGAAGAAUCCUGUUGAGGAUUUUGUUCUGGUUCUGUAAGACAGAUUUUACAGCAUCAUGGGAACUUCCUGUGUCAAGCAGGUUUUCGUCCUCUCGGGGCUCCUUGUGUUUGUGCUGUGCGUCAUCUCCUCUCUCUGCCAGGAGGAAUAUUCCGGAUACCACUCAGGUGAGAAACAUGUUUAUGAAGAGUCGUCUGCAGUCGACCACGAUAACAUAGGUACAACUGAGUAUCAGCCUGAGCCGACUCAUUAUGAUGAAAACCAGCGAGCAGUGGACGAGGACUAUGACCCCACCAGAGUAACCAUGAUCACAGAGGACACCUUUCCCUUUGAGACCGUCACUGAGUCCCACUACGCCAAGGAAGACACUGAGACCAUGCAGGUCCCAUUUAAGUUCCCAGCAGGACCAGAAACGGAGUCCUCAGAGGAGUCUGGAGGUGAUGCUGCACUUGGAGAAGAAGGACCAACAGAGUGCGACUGUGAACCAGGAGAGCCUGGUUUUGCUGGUUUUGCAGGACCAAAGGGAUCCAGAGGUCUGCAGGGUCAAACUGGUCUGCCGGGGAUUCAAGGCAGAGAGGGUUAUAAAGGAACCAAAGGAGUUCAGGGAAGAAGAGGAGAUCCUGGACCAGUGGGAGAUGUUGGAGCCGAAGGAGAAGACGGAGCUUCUGGUUUCUCUGGAGGGAUGGGAGAUUCUGGACUACAAGGAGAACCAGGCGAGCAUGGAGAAAUUGGUGUAAAGGGUGACGUCGGUAUGGAGGGCCCUCGCGGAGGAGUCGGAGCUCCCGGUGAGACUGGGCCUCGUGGUGACCCAGGCCCUGCAGGAUCAAACGGGGGUAAAGGUAUCAAGGGGUCUCGUGGGGACCAAGGCAAGCAGGGUCUUCAAGGAAAGGAUGGGCCAAAGGGUCAAACUGGAGCACCGGGAUUUCCAGGAGACGUUGGUGAAAGAGGCUACUCUGGUUAUCCAGGACAACCAGGAGCUGUUGGACCCAGUGGACCAAAGGGCGCUAAAGGUCUAGGAGGCUUUCCAGGCAGCGAUGGUGAACCUGGAGAAGAUGGUCCCAUAGGAGUCCCGGGGCUGGCAGGAGAGCCUGGACUAUUUGGUGUUAAGGGGAGUAAAGGUGACCGUGGCAUCAGAGGACCUCGAGGCAGAGUGGGCAGAGCGGGAGCUCAAGGAGGACCUGGAGAUGCUGGCGUCCCUGGAAAACCAGGACCAAAGGGCCUCCAGGGUCCUAUAGGGUCCAAAGGUGAAACAGGACCAGAUGGGGAAAAGGGUGCAGCAGGGAGAAAGGGCGUUAAGGGAGAGAGAGGACAAAAGGGAGACAAAGCUGAUCGUGGCGAUAAAGGACAGAGAGGGCCAAAAGGCGCAGUGGGUCGACCCGGCACUCCAGGCCCCGUAGGACCACCCGGCAUCCCAGGGGCCAGAGGUGACCGAGGUCCAAUCGGUGAUCCAGGUGGUAAAGGUCGAGCAGGACCUAAAGGAGUCCAAGGUCCAUCUGGUCCUGGUCUGACAGAUGAGCAGGUCUUGCAGCUCUGUAAGGAUGUGGUCAAGGCCCAGCUCUCCCAGUACGCCCCCUCCAUCCAAGCCAAGUGCGCUCAGGGAUGUCCCAUCAACGACCGGACUCUAAUUGGACCUCCGGGAGUCCCGGGACCACCAGGACCACCUGGCAAAGCUGGUAAAGCAGGAAAAGCUGGAGAAAAAGGAUCAAGAGGUGCUCAAGGUGACAGAGGGACAGAAGGACAGAAAGGAGCUCAGGGUGAACGAGGUCAGAAGGGACCUAAAGGCAUCACCGGUGAUCCGGGCAAAGGCCUGCCAGGAUCCGACGGACCACAGGGACUCAGAGGUCUUCCCGGUCCCCCAGCAGAGCCUAAAAACGGGAUGGAGGGUUCUCGCGGGCCUCGGGGCUUCCCUGGCCUGGUGGGUCCGCCCGGCAUGCUGGGGCUCCCAGGAGUGCCGGGGUUCUGCGAGGCCCGAGACUGCAGCAUUCACGCUCCGGUGCUGCGCAAAGAGCAGGGCCUGGUGAAAGGACCCGUCAGUUCAAAUGUCUAAACCUGAAAACAAACUCUAAGUACCUCCGGGGGAGGAGAACAUGCACAGACUACUUUUAAAUCAGAAAAAUAUUAUUUGUGCAUUGAAGGUGAGAGUUGAGAUCAAACUGUACAGUGUUCAGCUUCUGUGCAGAAUCUUCCAUCAGAAAAAGGCUUUAAGAAAUCAAACGUCCUUGUAAAAAACUGAUUUUUAAUGUAGAGUUAGACAGAAUUUAGUUGAUUGAACUACACAUUUUUUCUACUCAUAUUUUUUCUUUUCCCUCCAAAGAAUAAAUAAAUAAUUGUAUAUACUGUAUUAUGUAUUUGUUUUCGAUAAACUGUCUGAUUUUUGAACA